UGGGUCCCAUGCAGCAUAUUUUAUCUCGUCUCUUCACAGUUAGUCGUGCGUUGCAUUUUUUUUUUUUAUGCAUCGCUUGGGAUUUAAAAAAAAUAAUAAUGAAGUUGCUGUGCAGCUCUUGACGCGAAAUGACCGGUGGAGCCCCGAAAAUGCGCAGCUCCUCAGACGUGCUGGUGUUGCAUGACGCUCUCUCUCUCUCUCUCUCUCUCUCUCCCUCUCCCUCUCUCCCUCUCCCUCUCCCUCCCUCCCUCGCUACCGGCGUGCUAAAGGUGACCGGGGAGCCGCGCGCUCACUGCUCAUUAUUUAAUGUGUUCACAUUGCGCGGCAGCGGGAGGCGGAUGGAAAGCUUUGCCGCAGAUCUGCUCCGGACCCUUCCGCGUCUUCUGGAGGAGGCUGGUCUGUGUAUCGACGUCUAGCACGCUCUCAGGAUGUAUGUGCCGCCGCACACACCAGCAUCCCCUCUCACAGACACAGUGAGCUCCCCGCACCUAUAGGCUGCUUCUUUUUUUUUUUUCACCGCAGCGCUACAUUUUCAUCCCCAUUUUUCGUUUUGUCUCACCUUUGCCAGUGACGCUUGGACGUUUAUUAAAAAACGACGCGCAUGCGUUUGCACUUGGAAUAAUUCUGCAGCCUAAGUUGCAUCCCGGAGACCUUGUGUCAAAGUCGUCGGCAAGGAUCAGAGUUAGUGAUGUGGACUACUCUGGAGCGCGGAUGCUGGGGGCUCUUCUGCCUAUCCCUGUGGGCGUCCGUAGUCCGUGGGGCGCAAAGAGCCAACGAGCCUAGCAACAUGUCAUUUGUGAAAGCCACGGUGGACAAGCUGCUGAAGGGCUAUGACAUCCGUCUGCGGCCUGAUUUUGGAGGCGCCCCUGUGGAUGUUGGCAUGAGGAUAGACAUCGCCAGCAUCGACAUGGUGUCCGAAGUCAACAUGGACUACACCAUCACCAUGUACUUCCAGCAGUCCUGGAGAGACAAGCGCCUCUCCUACACAGGCAUUCCUCUCAAUCUCACUCUGGAUAACCGGGUGGCAGACCAGCUCUGGGUCCCUGACACCUACUUCAUUAAUGACAAGAAGUCCUUCGUACAUGGGGUGACAGUCAAGAACCGGAUGAUUCGCCUGCACCCUGAUGGAACUGUGCUCUACGGUCUCAGGAUCACCACGACAGCUGCCUGCAUGAUGGACCUGCGCAGAUACCCACUAGAUGAGCAGAACUGCACCUUGGAGAUUGAGAGCUAUGGAUACACCACUGACGACAUUGAAUUCUACUGGCAGGGAGGAAGCAACGCAGGCUCGGUCACUGGGGUGGAGAACAUUGAACUGCCCCAGUUCUCCAUCAUGGACUACCAAACCCAGUCCAAGAAAGCUGUGUUUGCCACAGGCUCUUAUCCACGUCUGUCCCUGAGCUUUAAGCUGAAGAGGAACAUCGGCUAUUUCAUCCUGCAAACCUAUAUGCCCUCCACCCUGAUCACCAUCCUGUCCUGGGUCUCCUUCUGGAUCAACUAUGAUGCGUCGGCUGCCAGAGUAGCCUUAGGUAUAACCACGGUGCUGACAAUGACCACCAUCAAUACCCACCUUAGGGAGACUCUUCCCAAGAUCCCCUACGUCAAGGCCAUUGACAUUUUCCUCAUGGGAUGUUUUGUGUUUGUCUUUCUGGCCUUGCUGGAGUAUGCCUUUGUCAACUACAUCUUCUUCGGUCGAGGUCCCCACCUGCAGAAGAAGGUGGCAGAAAAGGCUGCCAAGUCCAACAACGAGCAUAAGAAUAGAAUGGAGAGCAACAAAGUGCAGGUUGAUGCUCAUGGGAACAUCCUCCUGACCAACCUAACCAGCGACAUGAGUGGAGCAGAUAUGAUGGGCGUUCUCAACGACCCUCGGGCUACGAUGUUCUCGUAUGACAGUGCCAGCAUACAGUACCGCAAGCCCAUGACAAGCCGAGACCUAUAUGGGCGACCGCCCAUGGACCGGCCAGUGAGCAACAAGAAGAGCCGCUUGCGGAGGAGGGCCUCGCAGCUCAAAGUCAAGAUCCCCGACCUCACGGAUGUCAACGCCAUAGACAAGUGGUCUCGUGUCAUCUUCCCAAUCGCAUUUACCUUCUUCAACCUGGUCUACUGGCUUUACUAUGUCCAUUAGGGUGGCAGUUAGUGAGCCUGUGUGGCAGCGCCACUGCUAAAGAUUUCAUAGAAAAGCUACCUAGGUCUUGUACAGCAAUGGAAAUUAAGGAGCGCUCAGUCCAUUUGUACAAAUCCUGUUUUGGAAUGAGUAGUACUGGAUGUCUUUACAAUGUAAAUAAAAUUGAAUAUAUAAAUAUAUACAUAUAUAUAUAUAUAUAUAUAUAUAUAAAACAGAGUUAUAAUUUAUUAAAAAUCCUAUCACUUUUCCUGUACUCAUCUAUAGAAAAUAGAUAGAUAAGAAUAAUGGAAUUUAAGACAGUAAAGGUAUGGUAUUUCUAAGGUCAAACAUGCCGAAAAGACUUUGGUGACUCCAACAUUACGGGCAAUGAUCUUUCAAUUUGCUCGAUCUCUUUUUCUUACCUUCUGUUAUCUCACUUUUUUGCAUGUGAAUGGAACACAACUUUGUGUUAGCUUAGGUAAAAAAAAAAAAAAAACAAGAGAAAAGGAAAACCAGAUCAAAACAAGUAGUAGUAACAAAUGACAUUGUAAUGAGUUCGUCCUUAUUUGGUUUAAACCCAGUGCUGUGACUGAGGUACAUUUUUGAGGAGUUGGAUAUGUAUCAUUGUGUUGAAAUCCUUCUCACACAGUCAUGCUUGAGCUUACAAAACAUGUCAGAUUGCUUUUCAUGAAUGACGUGUUUUUUCUGAAAAGUUUCUUUUCAUUUCUGUAAAAAAAAAAAAAAAAAAAGCUUCACGUGGCUCUACUGAGCCACUCCGGCUCAGUAUUGUAUUAUAAUCAUUAUACUGUAUGCUUUCGAACAAUCAUUGCAUUUAAGGUAAGUUCAGGACAGAUGUUAAUUCGGAACUCCACUGAUUUCUCAAAAAACAAUGUUGUCAAAUUUGUACCUACUAUAUCCUCACACCGUCUAGGGGGCAUGUGCAAUGUCACUUUCUUUAAAGGAAAUCAGGUUAAGAAUAAGCAAUGAUGUCGCCAUAGGCUCAAAAUCACAUUCAAAAUUUCAAGCCCUGAUAAAACUCGCUGCUGGUUUUUGAAAUACGUAGUAUUACAGAAUUUCAUUGAACAUUUUCGUCCGAAACCUCAAAUUUUACUGUCCGUAAUUGUUUGAAUUGCAUAGAGGUUCAUCCACCUCAAUGUGUUCAAUAAUUUAAACAGCAAGUACGAGGUCAAAGUUGCUUUUAUUUGUCAGCGGAUUACCUUUCAGGUUAUUAUCGGGGCUUAUGUGGUCAGGGCCAGGGAUCAGUUGUUUGCUCCAGUCCUACAGUCGGGUUCAAAAACAUUGUUCAAGACAAACUAGUGGUGAGGACAGCAAGAGUAGGUGUGACCAAUUAGCAUCGCACUGUAGUACGUGUAGUAAGUGUAGUUACAAGCAUAGAAAUUAUAUAGAUAAUGAUAUAGAUAAUUUAUCACCCCACAAAUCCUGCUCAGUGCCAAUGCAGGAAGGAGCGUCUGCUCUACAGUAUGAAGGUAGGGCGUAUAGGUCAGGGACAUGGAUGGGCUUUAUAGCAAGGCUGAGUUUCAUGCAGGAGACUGGAGUUUGUGUUCUGUUGCAGACCUGCAAUUAAGAUUUGUCUUUUUUUCUUUCAAAUAAUCUUUCCCCAAAAGUGUUUUAGUUGCCCAACAGUAACCCUAGGGCUCCAGACAAAGCGUCAGUAUGUGUGUGUUGGUAACCACACCUUCACAAUUUUGUCAUAACCAAUAUCUUGCCCUAACCUUAACAUGGUUGCCAUACACAGAAAAUACAUUGGCAUUGAAUGUAAACUAAAACAUUAUCAUUGAACGUAAUCAAGGGUUUUUGCAGAAUUGUCCAUCAUGUCCAAUAUGGUGUCACAUGAAAGAUGGGACGAGCGUUACAAUCACAGGAAACCAAAGUGAAGCAAACCUCUGUGUGCUGUGUCCCCUGCUGAGGCAGAUCGUAUGUGCUGAAAACUGUAAAAGAAGAGAAAGCAGAUGUGGACCUUUCUUUUUUCUCUGCUGUACUCAGGUCUCUCUUGCAACAGAGAUAAUGAGAUUACCUGAUUAAAUAAAGGUUAUAUAUAAUGGCUGUUGACUUCACAAUGGUACAAGCAUUCUUUACAGAAACACUUCCCCCAUGCCGGACAGAAUGUCCUAAUGAUAUAUGACGUGGACAUUGCUUUCACCUAAGGAACUAACAUCUACACAUGGGUAACAAAUGAGAAGAAACAUCUACACACACAGUGUGUUCCUCCAGGAUUCCCCAGAACAGCUUCUGCUCCGCUUGUCAUUUUGUAGAUUCUCCGAGCCUGAGUACUCUCCUGGACAAACAGUGUUCCUCCAAAGUCUGUUCCCUCGGUUGGUGUUUUGGUGAUGGUUGGUGGAUCUCCUAAAGGUGUUUACCUGGUUACAGAUCGUGUGACUGUGAAGGCCAUCGGACAUGAUUCACAUACAUUAUAUUGGAAGUUUUCAACGAGCCAUCAUGAUCUGAAUGGAGACAUUACAUUCUUGAUGUUUGCCCACUCUUUUAUUCAGGUUUUUGCUUUAAUACAUCUGUUGGGCACAAGCUUUUAUUGAAUAAGCUGAAGCAGGGUUAUAAGCACAGAGUGUCUGGGUGGGACUUAUGCACUCAGUGACCAGAAAAUUAGAAACCACUGUGAGUACGAUGUUGGCACUGAUAACAGCCACCACAACCCGUCUUAUCCAUGGCCCUGUAGUGUGCUGCUGAUACAGCCGACCUGGCCAACUCUACAUUACCAAGAUUGAUGGAUGGACCUGCGUUCUAUGGAUGCUGUGUUUGUGUUCAUUCCAAAGGUCUUAGCAGGAUUUAUUGCACAACUUGACCAGCUGUGGCCAGGUCAUUCCAUCUGAAUGUUCCUUGAACAGUUCCUGGACAUUCUUUGACAUGAAGGCAGACAUGAAGCAUUAUUGAAAGUGUCCAUCAUGAUGAAUCCAGUUUUCUACUUCUACACCUUAAACCAUACUGCUCGUAUUGGUACUGAACGUUGGUAUUAGAUUUAGAUUGCGGUGUAGAAAUUUGUCCAAAAUUGGCAGAAUUUCUUGGGAUGCUGAGCUGUUCUUAACCACGAAACACUUUCAACAGCGUGCCAUGGACAGGAGAGGCACCCUGUGUAGUUGUCUGCUGUUACACCCCCAUGCAGGUAGAAUGAGACACAUUGUGUUUGUGUAAUCCCUUAUUCUGGCCAGUCACCUGCUAUCUCCCGCAUUUACAAUCUUGGUAGACCAAACAUUCAUAUUUCUUUAUUCUAGUCCUUUCAUUGUUUUACUUUGAAGAAGCUGCCUUUUAGAGCCCAUAAACUCUACAGUCCUUGUGAAACACAAUUGUGUUGACUUUCUCUCUCAUCUGCCCACUUGCAAAGCAAACAGGGAAUUUGAUUUGUUGGCUUUCGUAGAGACAUUAUGUAAAUGGUAACUUUUCACUUUUUUUGGCUCAAGCAGGGUUUCUAUUUUUCUGGUCACUGAGUGAGUUAGUCCACUGUGGGAUUGAUCAACAGCUGCGUUUUCUUAAGGGACAACUUGGGCCUUAUUUUCAUAGCUUUGGCCAUCUUUUCUGUCAGUAAUGCAAACAUUUUGCUCACAAACUUACCUGCAGAGAUCGCAGCAACAAACUCAGAGGGGUCAAGAAACCUGAGAAGUCAGACAGUCAGACAGGUUGUAAACAAUUACCUGUUAUCCAGAUGAUCUGAACUACAUAUUUGGAGGUAAAUAUAAAAGUGAGUGCGCCGAAAUAUUGGCAAUAAGUGAUGAUGAAAAAAAAUCAAGCGGUAUUUCCCAAAGUUAGUCUUUGGAAAUCUAUCCUUCAAACCUGUCUUUAGCUGUGUUCCCACUUUUCCAUCUAGUAUUACUGACAUCAAAUACGGCCUUAACUAUAAAAAUAGAGAAGAGUAAGACAUAAUGAGAUACAAAAUUGAAGUGGUGUUAGGUAAAAUGUUUUUUUCUUCCUCAAAAUUUCCCCAGUUGAGGACAAACUGUUACAGCUGCAACCACAACUUGAUGGUGAGGAGAAUGGUGGAUUGCUGGUCUUAUCAGGGCUUUAAUAAACAAAAAAAGCCCCGAUAAGCAGAUAGACUUCUACAGGACGCAGUGUACUCUUUCCUGAUGGCUGAAUAUUGUGCCUUUACCAAGAAUCUUAAUAUUCCACAGGGUUUAACUUCUAUCUAGUGAGUAGAAUUCAAAACAAAUCAUUUACUUUUUUUGGGAUUAAGAAGAAAGAGAAGCAAAAACAGGAGUUUUAAGAUCUUUUCUGAGGUAAAGUACGGUACCAUUAUCUAAGUGUAGACUGUAGGAUUAAGACAUUCCAGCAUUACGAAACAAUCUUUUGAAUUCAAUGCUGAAAAAGAAUCGUGUGCAAGGCUGGUCUCCAUGCUGCCAGCGCUGCUGUUUUUAGACUAAGCCGAGUGGACGGACAGAAGUGAAAGAAAACUUGUCUUUCUUCACCACAAAGGAAUCUGAGCAGACGGACACGUUUUUCUGUGAUCGGGAGAGCUAAUGGAAGACCUGAACAAAUGGUUUGCCUUCAGGCUGUGGAGAGGGAGGACAUGUGCUGGACUCUUAUUGUGUAAUAUUCCUGUUCAAUGUUUCUCUCAUGCUCUAUAUGUGCUCACACGUGGAAUAGGGGGUGGGCGUGUUUGCUUGUGUGCGUCUUUCUGCUUGUUUACAGGCAAAUACAGGACACUGUGCAGGAAUGGUUUUGUCAUUGUCCGUGUGAGUAUGUGUGUGUUUGUGUGUGUGUGUGUGUGUGUGUGUGUGUGUGUGUGUGUGUGAGAGUAUAAGCAUAUGGAGUGUGAGAGGGAGAAAACACUAAAUACAAAUUCUCUGUAUCAACUUACAGAUACAAUUUAAAUAAAACUGCUGACAUCUCUACCAA